UUUCUGUGUCUCAACUGCCUUACCGUUAUGAGGAUAUCCCGUCGUACGUUUGUGAUCUCUGGUGGCUCCUCCGGCCUCGGAUUAGCUACAGCCCAGAAUCUGUUGGAAGCUGGCGCUUACAUAUCCGUAUUGGAUUUGAACCCUCCACCGGAGCAGCUUCAUAUACAAUCCGGCAGCUCAUGCCAAGAGUACAACGCGCGUGUCAAGUACUUCGAGACGGAUAUCACAUCACUCUCGGAUAUUGAACGUGCUGUCGCCGGUACAGUCCAGUGGUUCAAAGAUUCCGGCGCACCAUUAGGUGGUGUGAUCAACUGUGCUGGGGUUGGCCUUCCCUCGAAGAUACUGGACUACAAGAAAGAACCACAUCCUCUCGAUAGAUGGGAGUUCGUCAUGGCCGUCAACCUCACGGGCUCUUUCAACCUGACACGAUUGUGUCUUCCCCACCUUGCAAGCGUGGAGCCUGAACUUCCGACGGAAGAAACGAGGGACACGUCUAGUGCCGACGGUGAACGCGGAGUCGUCGUGUUUGCUAGUAGCGCUGCUGCGUACGAGGGACAGCCCGGACAAACGUCUUAUUCCGCGAGCAAAGGCGCCUUAGUAUCCAUGACGCUGCCCAUGGCAAGAGAUCUGGCAGACUACGGCAUACGGGUUGUGGCAAUAGCGCCUAGCAUGUUCGAAAGCCCGAUGACGGAUAAGAUGAAGCCUAAGGUCCGGGAAAGUCUACGCAAGGAGCUUGUCUUUCCGAAGAGGUUCGGCCGACCACAAGAUUUCGCGCAGACAGUGAGAUGGAUCAUCGAGUGUGCGUACAUCAACGGAGAGACGAUACGGCUGAAUGGUGGGACAAGGAUGCCGUACAAACUAUAGUAGAUAAUAUCUGGCUGCAUAUGUACUAGGUGCCUCCAACGAUCGCCCCAUGCACGCCCCAUGCAUGGAACUAACCGGCGACACUCACAUACUUCCUGUUUCUGCUACAUCGCCUGAUCUCUCCUUCA